AUGGAUUGCUCACGAGUAAAGGUUUAUGUAUGGAUGUGCUUGUGCUUGUAUAAAUAUGUGGCAGGUGUUGUGUACGUCCGUGGAAGGGGGGCAAGCUUUCCCCAUGAAGUUUACAAAGAAUGGAGAUCGGCUUAUCGCCUCUACAGGAAUGCGCAUGUCAACCUGGAUAUGCCUUACGAAGCCGUUGGAAGUGGGAAGGGAAAGGAAGCUAUAAAGGAAAACAUUGAUAUUGAGUAUGCUGGUUCCGACUCGUUGUUGUCCACGGACACGAUUGCUAGCCAUCCCGAUCUUGUGCUAUUUCCGAUCAUGGCUGGGGCGGUGAUGUUGGGCUAUAAUAUACCUGGCCUAGGCGGCCCUCUUGUGCUCUCGAGAUCAAUGAUCGUUGGCAUUUUUAACGGCACUUACACGUGGUGGAACGAUACUGUGUUCACAUCGAGUAACCCUGGUCUCAACAUCCCUUCAAAAAGGAUUAUCGUUAUAGCUCGUGCUGACAAAUCUGGUACUACUUCUAUAUUCACGGAAGCUUUGUCUGCUUUCAGUCAAGAAUGGAGUCAGCAAUACGGAAUAUUCUCAAAAGGCAUUAACCCGGAUACUGAACUUCCGUAUCAUUGGAAUUCGGACGUCAUUACUUAUUACGGUCAACAGAAUAGGGGAGUGUCGGGCUUAAUUUUAUCUUUCAGGGAUUCAAUAGGUUACCUCUCUGUUGCUGAUGCUUACGAGGCAGACAUCGCUUCAGCGACAAUCGUGAACAAAGCUGGUCGACUAAUCACCGCUAACUCUACCACCGUCCAGAGUGCUAUGGAUUAUUUUUCGGAAAAAAGUUCUGAAUUGACGUUCAGCUUAGCAGAUGGCGGUUCGGACUUGGCAUACCCGAUAGCAGGAUUCACCCACAUAAUCAUGUACAAAACAACAAUGAAAAACUGUGCGUCUGCUAAAGAGCUGGUACGUUAUUUAGACUGGGCAAUGACAUCAGAGUCUGAGCGAGCAGCGUGCGAUAAUAAAGGUAUGGCGCCACUAAGUCUGAAUAUGGUUGAGCAAGUGAAGUCAGUCGUUCUGAAAAAUAUAGUUUGUCACGGCGCAAACGUGUGGGAUAUGGUGCAGAGUGACAAAGAAGCAGAAGGUAGAGAGGUACAGCAAUGGGUUAUUCCAGUAUCAGUCACUAUUCCCAUAGUAGCAUUGUGCAUCCUGUGUCUUUGCUGUUAUAUCAUCAAGCAGCGUAUGCAUAUCCAGAAAAUGAUUGAUAACGACGAAUGGCUCAUUCCGAUCGAGGACAUACUUUUUUACUUUGACGGAAGAGGUAGGUCAUCCAUGAACUCGCGAAUCGCUGAUCUAUCUUCUGUAAUGUCAGCUGCGUCGGUGAAAGACGCAUCGGACGACGAUAUCCUGAUUAAGCACAUUAUACAGUGGCCGGGGAAAUAUCGAGGCAAUCACAUAGGCAUUCGUCUGAUGGAGGUCGCAGAGCUAGACCAGUUGGCGCGGCAGACUAAACAUCAGUUACUGUUACUGAAGAAUAGAAUCACACACGCCAACGUGGUAAGGAUGUUUGGUUUGACGGAGGUCGAUGCUAGAAGGUACGUUAUUGGAGAUUACUGUGGCAAGGGUAAGAUGACAAACCUUCUUCGUGAUGACAAGUUUAACUUGUCUAAUGAUUUCAAAUGUACCCUAGCAGGAGAUGUGGCAAACGGAAUGCAUUACUUACAUUCGAAUGAUAUAGUACAUGGUCAGUUGCGAUCUGAUUCUUGUCUUAUAGAUGACAGGUGGCAGGUGAAGAUAUGCGACUGGGAAUAUGUGACACUUUUGUCAUUACAACAAGCGAAUGUCUCCCCAAUACUCACAAUGCGAAAAAAUUCAGACAAGGACUUAACCACAAAUGAAAUCGCUUUCAAAAAUUUUUGGAUUAGUCCAGAAAUAUUGCGAUCGGACUUUACUGUCUUUCCAUCAAAAGACUCAGACGUGUAUAGCUUCGCUAUCAUUCUUCAAGAAAUAUUCACCCGAGAAGAACCGUAUUCUGAACAUGCGGGCAUGUUGACUCCGCCAGAGGUGAUAAGUGCUGUGACUCUUAACAAUCUUCGACCAGAACACAAUGAAGACACACCCGUUAACAUAAGACAGCUUAUGGAGAUAUGUUGGAAUGACAACGCAAUAUCACGUCCUUCCUUCGAGCAGAUUCUUAAAUUACUCAAACGUGCCAAUCCUCUUAAAAAGACUGUUAUAGACAGCAUGAUGUCUUCGAUGGAAGAAUAUAUUGCCCAUUUGGAGGAGAGAGUUGAAGAGAAAAACGCUGAAUUGAAGGUCUCUAAUAACAAAUUAGAAACGACACUGUCUGGUUUGAUGCCUAAAUUUCUUGCACAAAGAUUAUCGAAUGGUAAAUCCGUCAAACCAAUGUUCAUAUCAGAUAUCGCAGUAGCCAUCCUGGAUAUUUCGCACUCUCUUGCAGACAUUGAAAAUGUAAAUCCUAAUGACGUCAUCGCUUUUAUCAACGAACUUUGUUUUGAAAUUGAUAUGCUUGCACGAAAAUAUUCUGUUUACACUACCCAAAUGAAUGGUUGUUCUCUAGCACUUGUGUAUGGCGUGGAGUCAUCUUCCUCGAUAAAAGUGGACGAAAUGUGUCUUUCGAUGGUAAAUCUGGGCUUGGAUAUCCUCUCACAUGAGGAUAUUGAAAGGCUGGCAAAUUCAACAGAGCACCAAUUUGACAUGAGACUUGGUGUUCACGUAGGCCCUGCAAUCACUGGCCUAUCUGGAAUAGCAUCACCAUCCUAUGUAGUGUUUGGUAAUUGUACGGACAUAACACAGGCUAUAGCACGCACCGCACCUGUCAGAACUGUACACGUGUCCGAGAGUUUGUGGCGAAACAUCAAGCGCAGCAAGCAGUUUGAGGCCAAUACAGCGGGAGAGCUUAGUGUGAAGGGGAUGACUUUUGUCACCUAUACAGUGAAAAGAAUACAAGAAGGAGUGAAAUACGCCACAUCAGAGGAUUCUGGCGUGGGAGUGGAGCCACAAUCCCAGACAUUAAUGGAAUGUUCCGACACAAAAAAGAAAAACGACCGUUUAUACAAGACAAGCAAAAAAGUGAACGAUCUUCGACAAGAGGCCGAAAUACAGAGUUUCGACAUAGUUGAUGUUAAGUUCGCUGAUCGUGCAAAAAGUAUAGGGAUUCAUGGUGACACAUCGCGGACACGAGUAAAGGAUAAACAACAUAACUACUAUCACAAACGAUAUUCUAGUUCCCACAGACGACGUUCACUUGAUUUCAUUAACGAUGCUAGUGUACAAAGUGUACAGGACAGUAUAACAUCCCUUCCUUCGGAGAUGGCAGUCAUGCACACGUCCCACGUUGGGCUACCUGUAUCCAAGGAAUACGUCCCGGUCAAAAGUAAAUGGAAACGUAGAUUCUUUGCGAACAAUAUCUAUCCUGACAAUUAA